GUAAUGACAGCAGUUUCCUGCAUAGUGUUUACAGUUUGACCGUGUGCACUUCGAGAGUCAUGAGCGCUGCUUCGCUGGUCCAGAGGUUAGCUGGUGUUUCGGGGGCUCUUGCAGUUGCUGCAGGUGCAUAUGGAGCGCACGGCUUCAGACACAGUGAAGCGAGUGAUUACCAGAGAGAGUUGUUUGAUACUGCAAACAAGUACCAUAUCUACCACAGUCUGGCUUUAUUAGGAGCUGCUCGCUGCAGGAAACCUGCGCUGGCGGGCACACUUCUCCUUGCUGGCAUGGGCUGCUUCUGUGGUCCCCUGUACCACCAGGCCUUAACAAAUGACCCCAGCUUCAGUAAGCUGGCACCGAUCGGAGGCACACUACUCAUUGUCGGCUGGGCUGCCAUGGCCCUUAUGGAGACAAUCAUGAGUGCCGUGGCUGCGCGUGCGCCGACGCCAGUGAAGCGGGUGUCCGAAGUGGACUUCCGCUCAGGCACGACACUGGAGCAACUGUCGGAGCAGGUGCAGGAGUUUGUGCAGCUGGAGCACGAGGAGUUUGGAGACCAGACCGCGCUCGAGGUGCACAUGGCUAAAGACUUCAUCUUCAACAUGUUGGGCCUGGUGCAAAAGGUAGACAAGCGGCUACCAGUUGCUAAUGAGUACCUGCUGUUAUCAGGUGGGGCCAGGGAAGGUGUUCUUGACCUUAAUCCAGAGGAUUUAGGUGACUAUGCAAAAGGUGUUGACUUUGAUUUGGACUUUACUCUCUUGGUGCCUGCUCUCAAGCUACAUGACCGAAAUCAGCCUGUAACACUGGACAUGCGGCAUUCUCCACCAUGCCAUUCAUGGCUGAGUCUGCGCCUCUGCGACCCCACAAUGCUAUCACAGUGGCGUAUCUGCUGUCAAGACGAGAAUAAGAGGGAGAAAAAAGACAAGGAGGAUGAGGAGGAAGAAAUUGGAGCAGUGCAAGGCUCAAUCCCAUCCUUGCGGUAUGCCCAAUCAUUAGAUGGAUGCUACUUCUCUCCUUUGCUGGUGACUGAUUGGUUCUGGAGUGUAGUUAGAAUGGCGGUGGAAGAAUUGCGACAGAAUCCUCAAAGAGGGAUCCCUGUUCCUGAUCGUGUGGAGCGGAAUGGUCCACUUACUACACUAAUUCUCACUGCAGGAACUAGCCGAAUCCUCUAUGACUUGCUUCCAGUAGUUUCAUUUCGUGGAUGGCCAGCGGUUGCACAGGGGUGGCUCACGACAAAUCAUUUCUGGGAUGGUAAAAUAACAGAGGAAGAGGCCAUAAGUGGGUUUUACUUGCUCCCUUGCUGUUCUCCAGCUGCUAGCCCUAAUACCAGAACUGACCGUGAGUGGAGACUAGCCUUUUCCCGCAGUGAGGUUCAGCUGAAGAAAUGUGUGGCCUACCCAAUGGCACAGGCCUUCCAAGCAGCUAAAGCUGUACUGUCAAGACUGUUGGUUCGUCCUCGCACUGGCCUUAGCCUCUACCACCUACGUACCUUGCUGUUCUGGGCAUGUGAUCGCUUACCUACCACCUUUCUUAGCUGUCCAGACCAUGACACACCUGCCCGCCUGUUCCUUGGUCUUCUUGAUGACUUGGCACACUGCAUUCUGGGCAAAAACUGUCCUAAUUAUUUUCUUCCUCAGUGCAACAUGCUAGAGCACCUCACAGACAGUGCAGCACUAUUAGUUGCACGGAAACUUGCACAUUUACGCUCCGAUCCUGCUGAGCACUUAAGAGCAGCAUUAGAGCAGGCACGACAGGCAUGUCAGCUCAAACGUGAAGCGGCAGGAGCUGUAAGCAAUGGGCAUAGGUUAUCAGCACCUGGGCAUGGAUGUGGUGCAGGAUCGCCACAAGAUGACCGCUUAGCACAGCGACUUCAACAGCUUGUAACGGAAAACCCUGGCAAGUCUAUUUCAGUCUUUCUCAACCCAGAUGAUGUUACACGCCCCCAUUUUCGGAUUGAUGACAAGUUUUACUAACCGGACUAAGUUUUAAGGAUGAUACUCUGCCCAGGGCACAGCAAACAUAUACAACAAAGAUUAUAGUAAGAGGACAUAGUUCUUUCACUGUGCUCUCUAUUAAUACAAAUCCUAAACCAAUCCCAGUUUUUGUAUUUUAUUUGCCUUUUUUCCACAGUCAGUCAAUCAACAAGACUAACUACAAUCAAAAGCACCUGUUUGAUGCUUCAGUGAGGAAUUGUAAAGAGGCUUUUACAUGUUUUACCUCUGCAAUGCCCCGGCUCAAUGUUCAAACUAUUUCAACUAUGACCCUGCUGCCGCUGACCUGCCAAGUGUAUGCUAAUGAUUAUCAUGAGAUGAUGCAUCAUUACAUUGACGAUGCCAAUGCUAAAAUCAAAAGAUGUUUUCUGCAGCGUGUUUAAUCAGAAGGUCAAAGUGACAUUAAGUGGUGCAUUGGCGACCUGAUGCAAGUCACGUGAAAGUCCCUUAAGCGUUGCACAUACCAACAGGUGUAACAUAUUUCAGGGACUAGAAGAGAUCAGAUGGAUUUUCUAUACUAUAAUGCAACUCAUGAAAUCUUAAAAAGGUAAUUCAAGGGCAUCUUACAGACAUCUCCCAUUGAUGGACUCCUCCAAUGAUGAUAUUCUACAGGGUUUUAAGAGGGUUGUUGCCCCGAAGUUCAGUACUACUGAAAAGAGAGAUUACAUAUUUUCUGCUGUAUUCCACGACAAGGCCUUAGGGCAAUUGAACAGGAAAACAACAAGACCAAGGUGCACUCUGAUGAAAUGGAAUGUAAUAUUUUUUUUUUGAAGAGAUGUUUUGGGACUGUUGAUUAUAUAAUCUCUCUUUAGUCUAGUCUGUCAGUUACCCUGCUUGCUCCCUUUCUCAGGUACUUUUUUUCAUUCUUUUGACUGGCAAGUUGGAGGCGUUUUACAGAAAAUAAAAGCAGAAAGAGAGAAUAAAGAGACAAGGAAUAUCUAUGAAACUCAGGGCCCAUACUUUAUUUGUAAGAAGCUGCUGUACAUCCUGUAGAAAUAAUCUUUUUAAAAUAUGAACUGUUCCAAGCUUUUUUGUUAACUAAUUAGAUAUCUAGGUUGGAAUGUGCCGAUGAUGACGUAUAUGAUUCCUGAGACUGUUUUGGAUACUGAUUGGUUGAGCUGAUGACAGUGAUUGAUGCUGAUUGGGUAUCAAGCUUGGUUCCUGAUUGCAUUCUAAUCUGCACAUAAACAGAUUUGAGCAAGAGUGUGUGUUAGUGUUGUUCUAAGGGCUUUUGUGAUUCUAAGGAUCAUUUGUGUGCUGGUUUUGUGUGUAUAUCAGCAAAAAAACUGCGUCAGAA